AUGCGAUACGGUGGAUACGAUAUGAUGGAUACGAUACGGUGGAUACGAUACGGUGGAUACGAUACGGUGGAUGCGAUACACUUCGGCGUGAGCUUUUGGACUGCGUUAGUUACAUUGUUCACAGAAGGGAGUGACUUGGGUGUAUGGAAGAUAAAACCAAAUAUAGCUUUAGUGUCAAUCGUUUGCUCGGGAUUGUUUGGAUCUUGCAUAAACAAUACUAUUCAUACUUGGGCAUUGCGGAUCAAGGGGCCUUUAUUCGUUGCAAUGUUCAAGCCAUUGUCGAUUGCGAUAGCUGUUGCAAUGGGCGUUAUAUUUCUCCGCGAUUCUCUCUAUAUCGGCAGCUUGAUCGGGCAACGGUAAUAACAAUGGGGUUUU